UCUUUGCUAACCACUGUGUUUGAGGCCUGGUAUGUGCAUGGUCACGUUGACGUCCAUGACUUUCCCAAAGAAUGGAUUCCUGUUACCUUUGGUAAAGUCGCAGAUUGGAAUCACGGACUGGCGGUCGGUGCCGGGCUGUUGGCGAACUUGUUUGCCGAAUGGCUUGGGUUGGGACCGGUCGCUCCGUUUCUCUUGGCGAUCCCCAGCCUUGCCGCAUGCGCCUGGUUUGUGCUGUCCGAAUGGGGUCAGGAGGAUAGGCAAAAAGGUGCCAGUGGAGACAAAAAUGGCCCUCUUCUCAACCCUCUAAAUGCCCCCAAAAUGCAAAUGUCAACAUGGGCCCGUUUUUGGCGAAGCUGUCUGGAUGGACUCCGCUGCUUGCUGUCGGACCGCCGUGUUAUGCUUUUAGGUGGCGUUCAGGCGCUUUUCGAAAGCGUCCUCUAUAUUUUUGUCUUUCUUUGGACUCCUGUACUGGACCCACAUGGCCCGCCAUUAGGAAUCGUGUUUUCCUGUCUGAUGGCGGCCAGCAUGGCUGGUUCCACGCUUUUCCGGCUGGCCACGUCGGCUCCGUAUCGACUCCAACCUGGUCACCUGCUUUGCUUAGCAGUUCUGCUAGCUUUCUUCUCCUUCUUCAUGCUGACGUUCUCCACUGUGCCUGGCCAGCCUCGGCCGAGGGAAUCUCUGCUCGCCUUUCUUCUGCUAGAACUAGCCUGCGGGCUUUAUUUCCCAGCGGUGAGUUUUCUCCAAGGCCGAGUGGUUCCCAUGGAGCGCAGAGCCGCCGUGCUGGCGUGGUUUCGUUUGCCUCUU